AUGGUUAAUCAAAUCCUGAUCCAAUGCACUUGUCAUCUCUAUAGAAUUGUGCCUCCGAAGAUGUUGUUAGAUGUGGAACGGAAAUUUCGUAUACCACUCGGGCAGAAACAAUUUAAACUCGUUUGCCCGGUGAUUACCAAUGACAAAGAUAUGCUUAUGAUACAAUGGACAAAAAAUGGUGAACAGGUAGAAUGGGAUUCACGUUACAAGCUGGCAAAAGAUGAUCGUGAACUGAGAAUGAAGAUGGUCCGACUCGAUGACAGCGGCAGGUAUCAAUGUCAGGCCACAAAUGGAUUCGGACAUCGAACAGUUGACUUCACAGUACAUGUUUACGCAUCUGCCCCGGCUUGGUUGAUCGACAUGAACCUCGAUUGGUCCUCUCCUAUGCAAAUCAACCGUGGUGGACGUAUGGAACUGCGAUGUCCGGCGCGUGGGAAUCCGCUGCCGGAAAUCCGCUGGUACAAAAACAACAUACGGAUCACAAAUGAGUCUCCCCCACACAUAGCCGCAUACGUAGUGGACCCAGCGGGCCUAGAUGACUCUGGUGAAUAUCGUUGUGUUCUCGAAAAUCGUCUUGGUUCGAUUGAGGCAAUUUUCAAAGUGACCGUCGGUGAUUUCUUUGACGACGGUAAACGACUGGGCGGUCAAAUGCCCGAACCGAUCAUUGACCAGCCGUAUAACACAACGGUUAGAGUUGGGCACACAGCUCAAUUCCUGUGCAAGGCCAAAUCGACUCAAAAAACACAUAUCUCUUUUUUUUCUUUUUUCUUGAAGAUCGAGGAUCCCGUGGCGAUUCGACAUCGGGAUCCGAACGCGACUGUGGUGAAUGCUAGUGGAAUGCACCUCUUGGUGCUGGAACAAGCUCAAGUCGAAUCGGUAUCACGAGAAGGUGCUGAACAUCUCUAUACGAAUCGCCUUGUCAUUCCCAUGGUGACAAAAGAGCACGCGGGCCGGUAUAUUUGUGUUGUCACAAGCACACAAGGACAUAUCGUAUACAAAACCGCUCAGCUCAACGUUAUUCCUGCUUACGAUUUUGGCUCGUUCGGUCUCGGUAUGGAUAACUUUUGGUAUUUUGUUAUACCAGUCGCAAUCCUUUUUAUUGGAUUGGUUCUUGGAGCCAUUUCCUGGCUGCGUUGUAAUCAAGAGCCUUCUUCUCCAAUAUGCCUGUCGAGUAAGCCUCCACCUCCACCUCGAAUUCCUCCUCCAAUAGCUCCGGCCGAGUACCCUCAAAAUGUUCAUCAGUUCAACCAAGAAUGUGCCAUUGAUAAAACGAGGUAG